AUGGCCGAAAAAUACAUGACCGACCAUGAAGCCAUGGGCGAAAAGAUUGACGUCUCCCACGAGGAGGUCGUCCAGAUGGCCCAGUUGACAGAGGAGGAGAAGGUCUUAGAGAAAAAGCUCCGACGACGAAUUGACAGCCUGAUUAUGCCCCUGGUUAUCCUCGUCUAUCUCAUGAACUACAUCGAUCGCAACAACUACGCCGCAGCCAAGCUCCAAGGCCUCGAGCAAGACCUCUCCCUCAAUGACUCCCAGUACCAGGUCGGCCUGUCGAUCCUCUUUGUGGCAUACAUCCUCAUGCAGGUCCCUUCCAACCUGCUCCUCAACUAUAUGGGCCGCCCAUCGAUCUAUCUGGGCUUCUUCACCACGGCGUGGGGGCUUGUUUCCGCCUUGACCAGCCAAGUGACAAGUUACGGCGGGAUCGUCGCCUGCCGCUUUAUCCUGGGGCUGGUCGAGGCCCCCUUCUUCGCGGGGAUUUUGUUCUACCUGUCCAAAUGGUACACAAAGAACGAACUGGCAUUCCGGAUGAGCAUCUUCUACUCAGGCUCGCUGGUCAGUGGCGCCUUCGGCAACCUCAUCGCCGCGGGCAUCCUCGAGGGCCUUGAGGGCCAUCGCGGCCUGGCCGCCUGGCAAUGGCUCUACAUCAUCGAAGGCAGCAUCACCGUCGCCAUCGGCCUCGCCAUCUGCCUCGUCCUGCCGGACUUUCCUGAGACAUGGAAGCUGCUCUCCCCCGAGAUGAAACACGUCGCCAACCGCCGGCUGGCCAUAGAAGCCGCCGAGGCCGACAUCGACGAAGGCGGCGGCACGUCGCAACUGAAGGGCCUCAAGCUCGCCUUCACCGACAUCAAGACCUACGUCCUCGCCGUCGCCUACAUGUGCAUCACGGCCGGCGCCGGGUUCCAGUACUACUUCCCCACCCUGGCCGAGACCCUGGGGUACAACAAGAUCAUCUCGCUGCUGCUGGUCGCGCCCCCUUACAUCUUCAUGGUCUUCUACAGUCUCUUCCACUCCUACCUGUCCGACCGCUUCGGCAGCCGCUUCUGGUUCUUCAUGUACCCGAUCCCCGUCACCAUGGUCGGGUUCAUCAUCUUCAUGACGACCGAGAGCUUCGGCCCCCGCUACUUCUCCAUGUUCUUGAUGAACUUUGUCUUCGCGCAGAACGGCACCCUGUACUCGUGGAUCGCGAACGCCAUCCCCCGCCCGCCGGCCAAGCGCGCCGCCGCGUACGCGUUCAUCAACUCGAUUGGCAACUCCGCCAGCAUCUGGACGGCCUUCACGUAUCGCCAGCAAGACGCGCCGUAUUACCGGCUGGCGAUGGGGGUGUGCGUGGGGAUGCAGGCGCUGGGCGGGAUUAUGGCGGUAUUCAUGUACUUCCAUCUGCGGUUCUUGAAUAAGCGGCUGGCGCGGCUGGAGGAUGAGGAUGCGGUGUUGACGGACCAGGAUCUGGACCGGUUGCAGCGGACGGCCGAGGUGGAGGGGAUCGACGUUGCGGCGGCCAGGAGGCUGCAGAAGGGCUUCCGUUAUGUGAUAUGA